AUGGAUCCCUGCCCCUUUGUCCGAUUAAUCGUCGAAUCCCUAUCCCUCAAAAUCCCCUCCGCCGCCGGACCCGCCGGCUCAGGCGUCCACCCGGCCGCCACCCCUUGCUACGCCCAAAUCAAGCUCAAAAAAUUCCCUUCCCAAACUGCCCUCGUCCCACUCCCACUCGCCGCCCCGUCGGAAUCCCCCUCCGCCGCCGGAUUUCACCUCGGCCCGGACGCCCUCCGGACCCUCUCCUCCGUCGCGCUCAAGAUCUCGGUCUUCACGGGGCGUACGGGCCGCACGUGCGGGAUCACGCGCGGGAAGCCCAUGGGCUCGGUCCGAGUGCGGGUCGACUUAGGCCAGGCCCAGACGAGGCCCGCCGUGUGCCAGAACGGGUGGCUGAAGCUCGGCGGGGAUGGGGCGGCGGCGGCCCUGCACGUGAAGGUCCGAUCCGAACCGGAUCCCCGGUUCGUGUUCCAGUUCGGGGGUGAGCCGGAGGUGAGCCCGGUCGUGUUCCAGAUUCAGGGGAACAUCAGACAGCCGGUUUUCAGCUGCAAGUUCAGCGCCGACCGGAAUAACAGGUCACGAUCUCUCCCUUCGGAUUUCAACGCCAGCAGCAGCAGCAGCGCCACCCGGCUGGGCUGGCUGAGGCGGACCCUCUCGAGCGACAGGGACGGGCCCGUGGGCCCGCGCAAGGGGUGGAUGGUUACGGUGCACGACCUCUCGGGCUCGGCCGUGGCGGCCGCCUCCAUGAUCACGCCGUUCGUCCCGUCCCGUGGGUCCCACCGUGUCUCCCGGUCGAGCCCCGGCGCGUGGCUCGUCCUGCGCCCCUCCCCCUUCGGCUGGGAGCCAUGGGGCCGGCUGGAGGCCUGGCGGGAGAGGGGGGAUGCCCUGGGCUACAGGUUCGAGCUCGCGGGCAGUCCCGUCUCGGAAGGGACCAUCAGUGCCAGGAAAGGCGGUAGGUUCUGCAUCGGUGGUGGUGGCUCGUUUGGGUUUGUGAUGGGGUCGAGCGUGGGAGGGGAAGGGGGUGCGGGCGGGCCCCCCGGGGUGGAGGUGGGGGCGCGCCACGUGGGGGAGGCUGCCCUGUUCGUGGCUCUCUCGGCGGCUGCCGACCUCAGCAUGGAAGCGUGCCGCCCGUUUUCGGGGAAGUUGAGGAGGGAGUUUGGCGGGGACGAGCACGAGUCGUUUUUUGCAUGA